AACGCCUACCCACACAAAACAAAGACUGAAGAAGAAGAAGAAGAGAAGCUUUUGCUGUUUCUCUGCAUAGCUUACGGCGCCUAACAAUGGCGAGUGCAGGAAACAGAGGGAUGUUUAGGGUGUCGGUUUGUGGGCAAGAAGAAAUGGAGCAGCUGUCAAGAGAUGGUAGCCAGUAUAGUCUCACAACUGGAAUACUUCCUUCUCUUGGAGCUAGAAGUAACCGAAGAGUUAAGCUCAGAAGUUUCAUUAUAUCUCCAUAUGAUCGCCGUUACAGGUUCUGGGAGACUUUUCUUAUAGUUCUAGUCAUCUAUACUGCUUGGGUUUCGCCCUUCGAAUUCGGAUUCCUUACCAAACCAGAAGCACCAUUAGCUAUAACUGACAAUGUUGUCAAUGGGUUCUUUGCAAUUGAUAUUAUUCUCACCUUCUUUGUUGCUUACCUUGAUAAAACUACUUACUUAUUGGUUGAUGAUCCAAAAAAGAUUGCUUGGAAGUACAGUACUUCCUGGUUGAUCCUCGAUGUUAUAUCCAGUAUUCCAUCUGAACUUGCUAUGAAGAUCUCUCCUAAACCACUCCAUAUAUAUGGCUUAUUCAACAUGCUUCGUCUUUGGCGUCUUCGAAGAGUUAGUGCCAUGUUUGCCAGACUGGAGAAAGAUAGGAACUUUAACUACUUCUGGGUCCGAUGUGCAAAACUUGUGUGUGUAACCAUUUUCGCGGUACAUUGUGCUGGAUGCUUCUAUUUUCUUAUUGCUGCACGUUAUCAUGAUCCCGAGAAGACAUGGAUUGGAGCAACCAUGGAAAAUUUCCUUCAACAAAGCUUAUGGAUCAAAUAUGUAACUACAAUGUACUGGUCCAUCACUACGCUAACGACUGUUGGCUAUGGUGAUCUGCAUCCAGUAAACACAAGGGAAAUGAUCUUUGACAUCUUUUACAUGCUUUUCAAUCUUGGAUUGACAGCAUACUUAAUUGGUAACAUGACCAAUUUGGUUGUCCAUGGAACCAGUCGAACUAGAAAAUUUAGGGAUACAAUACAAGCUGCCUCUAGUUUUGCUCAAAGGAACCAAUUACCUCCUCGUCUGCAAGAUCAGAUGCUUGCUCAUUUGUGUUUGAAGUUCCGUACAGACUCAGAGGGACUACAGCAGCAAGAGACCCUUGAAUCCCUUCCUAAAGCGAUCAGAUCAAGCAUCUCACAUUAUCUUUUCUACUCUCUGGUUGAUAAGGUCUACUUGUUUCGUGGGGUUUCCAAUGACUUGCUUUUCCAGCUGGUUUCAGAGAUGAAAGCUGAAUACUUCCCUCCCAAGGAAGAUGUGAUUUUGCAGAAUGAAGCACCAACAGACUUCUACAUCCUUGUUACUGGUGCUGUGGAUCUACUGGUUCUCAAAAAUGGAGUUGAACAGGUUGUUGGAGAGGCAAAAUCAGGUGAUCUUUGUGGUGAGAUUGGAGUACUUUGUUAUAGGCCACAGCUUUUUACAGUGCGGACUAAACGACUGUGCCAACUGCUACGAUUAAACCGUACAACUUUCUUGAAUAUCGUUCAGGCCAAUGUUGGAGAUGGGACUAUAAUCAUGAAUAAUCUCCUUCAGCAUUUGAAAGACCUCAAAGAUCCAACCAUGGAGGGAGUUUUGCUAGAGACCGAGAACAUGCUAGCACAUGGUAGAAUGGACCUACCUCUCAAUUUAUGCUUCGCUGCUCUCAGGGGAGAUGAUUUGUUAAUGCAUCAGUUACUAAAACGAGGCCUUGAUCCGAAUGAAUCAGACAGCAAUGGCAGGAGGCCUCUGCACAUUGUUGCAUCCAAAGGAAGUGAGAAUUGUGUACUUAUCCUGCUUGACUAUCAUGCAGAUGUUAAUUGUAUAGAUUCGGAUGGAAAUAUACCAUUAUGGGAAGCAAUGCUUGCAGGCCAUGAUCAUGUUGUGAAGCUAUUGAUAGAAAAUGGUGCAAAUAUCAAAAUGGGAGAUGUAGGUUACUUUGCCUGCACAGCCGCAGAGCAAAACAACUUGAAUUUGCUCAAGGACAUAAUUCGUUAUGGAGGGGAUGUAACAAGUCCUAGGAACAAUGGUUCUACGGCCCUACAUGUUGCGGUUUGUGAAGGCAACACUGAAAUAGUCCAGUUCCUCCUGGACCAUGGAGCUGAUGUCGAUCAACCAGACAUCCAUGGUUGGACUCCAAGAGAUCUGGCUGACCAACAAGGGCAUGAAGACAUAAAACUUCUAUUCCAGGCAAGUAAAAAGAAGGCAAAAGCUCCCUCUGACACUGCAGUUCCUGAGCAGCAGCAGAAGCAGCAAUCGCAGAGGCAGCAAGAGGAAGGCGUAAGAUUUCUUGGGAGAUUUACAAGUGAGCCAACUAUCCAAACUGUCAGAUCCUUCUCAGCCACAGAUGGGUCAUUUGGCCAAUCCCGGCCAAGACGCAGGAGGAGCAACAAUUUCCAUAACUCCCUUUUUGGAAUAAUGUCAGCUGCUGCUGGGCAAAGAGCCUUUCCAUUUACAGGUACUGAGACCGCUAAUACUUACAAUAACAAUGGCUCCAUCAGGGUAACCAUUAGUUGCCCAGGAAAGGGGGAGCCAGAGGGUAAACUUGUUUUGCUUCCAGGAAGCUUUCAGGAGCUGAAGGAGCUAGGUCUCAAGAAAUUUGGCAUCAUGCCUACUAAAAUUUUAAACGAAGAGCAAGCCGAAAUUGACGAAAUAGAGGUGAUUAGAGAUGGUGACCAUCUUUAUUUUCAUCGUUGAUGCUGGAUUAAAAAAUACUAACAGAACAAACUCUUUAUAGAACCACGAGUCUUUGUGCCUGUUUGAUUUGAGCUUCAGCUUCUGCUACGAGAGUGAAAGAUAAGAAAAACUUUUACUUUCUUUUUCAAAAAAUGUUUAUUAUUUAGUAAAAAUGGCCUUUUAAAUCCAUUUUAGAAACUUAUCAACAGUCAGCUGCAGAAGUUAAGUAGAAGAAGCUAAAUCAUGCAGGCACUUUCUUGUAAUGUACAUAGUAAUAGCUGAAAGUUAAGUUUUUCCAUUUUGGAGUCAUGUCUGUUGUAACACCACUGAAAGAUCUUGAUUAAGAUGAGCCAAGAAGCUGACUCCAUCUUUUCUGUUCAUCUGCUUUGUUCAAAUUCAAUACAAAUUUAAUCAAAGCUGUAAAUUACCCACUAGAA